GGUGAUCAUUUCUUCCAAACGUUUAUGCACAUAUACUCAUUCAUAAAUUCUGGGCAAGAUAAGCUUGUGCAAGCACAUGGUAAAAUGCAGAUCAGUUUAAGCUGAAAGCUGUGGACUGUGGCACAGGAAGAGAGAGAGACACCCAAAGCACAGGAAGAGGUGUAGCUUUUUGAAGCAUGAGCGGAGCAGAGCUGUCUUUCAAAAAAGGUUCUUUCCUUUUCUAAGGUUUUGGCUUCGCUGCAGCAGCAGCCUGUGCUUUGUGGGCCACGCUUUCAUACAGUCUGCAUCUAGGCAAAACAUAGACUGCUACUCUUCCUAGUAUCAGAGGGAGACAUUGAAAGAGGUUAGUCUUUAAAAAACAGGGUAUUAAACUGUCUAGAAGGAAAUAAAACAGUCAAACUUUUUAUCUCUGAAUAUCUAACUGGAAACUGCUCCUUGUGUCAUCCAUUGGAUUGGUCAACAUGACUCUGUUGUUCAUCUGGGGAUUACUUCCAGGGGAAGCCAGGAGACAGGGGCUCAGACUGGCCGCCUGCUGCAGUAUGUAGAGCACUGCAGGAGAGGAAGACGCACACUGCAUCAUACCGAGACCACAUCCAGGCCAGCUAGACGGCGAAUAUCUGCACUGACUGACAUGUGCCAAAGGACUGCCUGGGAGAGUCUGAGACAGCCUGUGAUGGCGGAAGACGUUCUGAAAGAUUUUGUUCUAGACGGCAAGAAGAGGAUACCAUGGGAGGAGGACUGUUACAUAGACCUGCAGUCUGAGAGCUGCUCUCCGCGCACUAAGAUGAAAAUGGAGGAGCUCUGGAUACACAAGCAUCGGAAGCAGCUGCUGCAUUCAGUCUCCGGUCCAUUGCUGGACAGCUUUGUGGGGCACAUGCACAAAGUGGCCUUGCUGACUCAGGGCGAGGCCUCGCAGCUUCAGUCUGGGGGGCAGCUGCAGGAGAAGCUGUGCGCUGUCAUCAACAUCUUGGCCAGUAAGGGUCCCCAGGGCUCAGACAUGCUGCAGGAGUUCAUCGAAAACACGGAUACCCAGCUCUAUGGACUAAUUACACUGCAAGAACCAAUAAUGCAGAAGCAUGGAGAAGCUUUGCAGAGCUGCUGCAGUGGCUGGAGUACAGGUCUGCUGUCAGGGAGCUGGGCCGCCGACAGGUUCUCCAACUUGCUGCUGGUUGAGGGACUGACAGAUCUACAGCAGAAGGAGCAUGACGUCCUGCAGACUGAGGCCACCAAAGGCAGCUGGAGGCACAAUGCCAGGCAGUUGUCACUGGACAAGCUGCUGAACCCCCUCACACGGGUCAGCAUGCCCCCCCGCAUCUUGCUCACGGUCGGAGUGGCUGGUAUUGGAAAGACCACCUUGGUACGGCAGUUUCUCCAACUGUGGAACUCUGGAAAGAUCUACCAAGAUGUGAGUUUUGUCUUUCUCUUCAGCUUCUGGGAGCUGAACACAUAUGAGAAACUGUCAGCUGAACGCCUGGUUAGGCUGUUCUACCCCCAUGUGACAGAUAUGAGUUACGUCUUCAACGACACGACUAGGGUCUUGAUAAUCUUCGACGGACUGGAUGAGUUCAAGUGUUCGCUGGAUUUCUCUGAUGCACUGUCGUGCAUGGACCCCAAAAAAGACGUCCCGGUUGAUAAUCUGAUAACUAACAUAAUUCGCGGGAACAUUUUCCCUGAAGCUUCUAUCUGGUUGACAUCCAGGCCGAAUGUUGCAGCUCAGAUACCUGGAGGACUUGUGGACAGAAUGACUGAGAUACCAGGGCUCAAACAUGAAGACAUACAAAAAUUUCUUUUUCACAUGUUCCAGGACAGAAGUCUAGCUGACCAGAUAUGGUGCCACAUCAAAGCAUACAAGAUCUUUCUUGUCAUGUGCUAUGUUCCUUGUGUAUGUUGGAUUGUUGGUUCCACUCUUGGUUUCCUCAUAAAAGGCGAGAUGCAGGACUGCCUGCCUAGAACGUGGACUGAGCUGUACUCUUACUUUCUUAAGAUGAUUGUGGAGGGAGAAUCAAAGGACAGAGAGCCUCUGAAAAUAGAACAGAGCUACGGAAGCAGUCGGCGGCUAAUCGGGAGUCUGGGGAAGCUGGCGUUCUAUGGGCUAAUCAAGCGCAAGUACACUUUCUACGAACAAGACAUGAAGGCUUACGGCAUCGACCUGCCCUCCCUUCAGAGCCACCCCUGCAGCCGCCUCCUGAUCAAAGAGGAGUCAGUUACUUGCACGGCCUACAACUUCACACAUCUGACCGUGCAGGAGUUUCUGUCAGCUACCUUCUACUACACAGCCUCCAAGCGAGCCAUUUUUGACCUCUUCACAGAGAGCGGCAUGUCCUGGCCUAAGAUUGGCUUCAAUAAUCACUUCAAAAGUGCCCUACAGCGCUCACAGCAGUCAGAGUGCGGGCAGUUGGAUAUGUUUGUGCGCUUCCUGUCAGGCAUGCUGUCGCCACUGGUAGCUAAGCCUCUGUCUGGGCUGCAACUUCUGGCCAAAGAGGAAAACAGCGCGUACCGAGCCCCAGCCAUAACGUUUCUACAGAGCCUGCUUAGCUGCGGCAGCACGGUGUCUCUCUGGGCCGUCAACGUGGUGCACUGCCUGCAGGAGCUUCAGCACACAGAGCUAACGCGCAACGUGGAGGAGGGUCUCCGCACGGGCAGCCUGGCAGGGAAGCUGUCGGCCAGCACCUGCUCCAUCCUCGCCUACCUUCUGCAGAUGUCCGAGGAGUGCGCCGAAGAAACCAACCUUUCCGGCUGCCUUAGCUACUCUGUUGUUAAGAGUCUGUUGCCACAGCUGCUGUUCUGCAGCAAUCUCAGACUUGAAAACAACCAUUUUAAAGAUGAUGUCAUGGAGUUACUGGGCAGCUUGCUAAGUGCGAAGGACUGUCACCUGCAGAGAAUCAGCCUAGCAGAGAAUGCUGUGAGUAACAAGGGCACCAAGGCCAUUAGCAGAUCCCUGCUGGUGAACAGGAGCCUGACAUCUCUCGAUCUUCGCAGCAACAACAUCGGCCCCAAAGGAGCAAAGUCUCUUGCAGAAGCCCUCAAGAACAACCAGGUCCUGGUCUCAAUCAGCCUACAGAACAACGUCAUUGAGGAUGAGGGGACCAAAGCCUUGGCGGAGGUGCUGUUAUGCAACCGCAAGCUUACUACACUUCACUUGCAGAAGAACUCCAUCGGUUCCGAAGGAGCCAGGAGUCUUGCGGGGGCUCUGCAGAAAAACCAGGUUCUAAGGGAAUUAAGCCUCUCCAGCAACCAGCUUGGCGACAAGGGAUCUGAAGCGCUAGCCCAGGCCCUCAUGGUGAACCACAGCCUGAUCACCUUACACCUGCAGAGUAACUCCAUCAGCAACAAGGGCGUGACAGCCCUCACCAAAGCUCUGAAGAUCAACAGGGGACUCGCCGAUUUAAAUCUUCGUGAGAACUCCAUCGGGGUGGAGGGAGCCAAAGAGAUCGCUAAGGCACUACAGACAAACGGCACACUCAAGAAUCUAGAUCUGACAGCAAACUUGUUACACGAUGAGGGAGCGAAGGCGAUUGCAAAGGCUGUGCAAUUCAACUGUGCCCUUACCUCACUUCACCUUCAGUGGAACUUCAUCAGGUCUACAGCUGCACAAGCCCUGGCUGCGGCGCUGACGACCAACACGGCCCUGCAGCUCCUGGACCUUCAGGAGAAUGCCAUCGGUGACGAGGGGAUGAUCGCGCUUGCGGAAGCCCUACAGGCAAACACAGCUCUCGGGACACUGUUUCUCCAGGGUGUGUCAGUAGGCAGAAGAGGAGCCGUUGCCUUGGCAGAAGCCCUUUGUUCCAACAGAUCUCUGCAUACCUUGGAUCUGCGUGGAAACUCGAUAGGGAUGGAAGGGGCUAAAGCUUUGGCAAACGCAUUGAAGGCAAACAGCAGUCUGAGGGUCCUGAAUUUGCAGGAAAAUGCACUGGGAAUGGAUGGAGCCAUUUUCAUCGCCACAGCCCUAAACAGAAGCCAUCAGCUCACCUACAUCAACCUCCAAGGGAACCGCAUUGGAGAUUCAGGGGCUAAGGUCAUAUCGGACACCAUCAAAACCAGAUCCCCAGAGUGUGUGGUGAAGAUCUGAACGGUUCUACAAAUCAGCAGGAGCGAUACGGCAGAUCACGCUGCUCUAGGCAGUCCGGUUAGGGCUGACUGCGCAGUUAGAGGGGCUCAGACACUCGGGCAACAAGCCCAGGGUGAAGAGAAGUGGCUUUAUGGCCUUUACAGAAGAGCUAAAAAAAAAAAACAGAUUGAAGAAUCUGUCUCGGGGAGACUGGGGGACUUUCAUGGCGUCUCUCAUUCUGCUACACUGUUGAUGGACACAGUAAUGUUAAGCUCCAUUCUGGCUCCAAGUGCAGUAUUUCAAAUGAUAUCUGUAAAUAGUGAAUACGUAAUUAUUAUAAUGUAGUUACAAAUCUGAGAUAUAUUAGGUUAAACGCCAAUUAACAUUAUGUUGGUCAUUAAAGAGAUCAGCCAAUCCGCACUAUGAAAUGGGAGUCUGCAAUGCAAUAUGAGACCAUUAACUGGGAUCUACAGAGGCCAACCUGACCACGUACAUAACCUUAACAAUUGUGGGUGAACUAAAUCAACAGCCCUGUGAUCCAGACUCAAGAAAUACUGUGCAUCCUGGUGAACCUCACAAAUCUGGCAUGUAUGGCAGGCUGCCUUCCGGAAAUUGCUUCUACACAAGAUCAAUGCACAAAGACGUGUAAAUAGGGGUAACGAGCACAAAACCCCUGAGCAGGAGGAUGUCAAAUGUCUUCUUUGGCCUCCUACGACAGAGCUAGACAUCUCUGAACUUUUAUUGGAUGUUCUAGAGUGCAAAGUAGACUUCUACCUUCUUCAUGACUAAGAAUUGGAGGCUCCUCUUCUUGAAUAAUGAUCCAAUAUCCCACAUACGCAGCUCAAAACAGGAUUUGAGGCAUCACUGUACCUCUUCUAAAGGCAAAGGCUGGACCUAGUCCUUGAUGUUCAUAUAUUUUUAGUUUUUUUUUAAUGUUAUUUUGUCCACCAUCUGUAAAUUUUCAACAAGGCUGUUCAUGUGGCAUUAUUGUGCAAAGAUCCAAGCCUUAUUUAUAGCAUGUUCAUGUAGAAUCAUUGCUCAGGAUAACCUUCGGUUCCAGGUGUCACCGACUCAUAAUAUAAUCAUAAGAUCUUGAAGACAUUAGCUUGGGAACAGAAAAUAACAUCUCAGUUGUACCACUGGUAUAUAAUGCCGAUGUCACUGACUGGGUGAACAGAGUAAGUGGCUCUCACAUGCUGUACAGUGUAGGCAUCAUAUUUGAUGAAGAUAUUUCUUUCAUGGUUGAAAAUGUUUACACUUAAAAUACAAUUCAUGAAACAUUCACUUUUCCUUUCGAUGAAAAAGUGAGUAGACAGAAGUUGAUUAUGUGUAUGAAGAUGAAAAAUGAACUACGAUAAUGAAAUGCUAAGCAUAGAUCUUCAUACAUUUUUGGUUGCCGAGGUAUUGAAUGUUUGCAUCAUUCUCAAGGCCAUUUCAUUUCACUGGAAAAUGCAAACAAUUCACAGAUGACUAUUUAAACAUAAUUACAGCAUUGUUUUGGGAAUAACAUAUGUACAUUUAUAUUGUAAAAAAAUAUUUUAUUACCCAAGUUUUUAAAUGUUUUUUGCACAUUUUACUAAUAAAUUAUAUUUU